AUGGGAAUCGCUGCGUCAAUAUUCCAGAACAAUCCAACCGAGACGACCACCCAGCCCAAAAAGGAAAAGGUUCCAGAGGAUGUCAAAGCCGAUUGGGUAAAAGCGGUUGACAAAUUUACAAAGGAUAUUCUUGAUCCAAGCUAUCUCCAUCUUCCUGUUCGAGGAUCUACAUUGAAUGCAUCCUUGCUGUACCCAAGUGACUACCCAGACCACCCGGGUCUGAUGCCAGGUACUCACAAGCAUUUGGGGGGUGCCUAUGAUCCCACCGAUGGAUGUAUCUAUGGAGUUCCGGCCAAUUCCAAGUCGAUUUUAUGUAUUUACAAAAAUGAGGAGGAUGGAGAAUAUCGAAUGAAAGCAAUUCCCUUGCCAGAGCGUAUUCAAAAACGUCAAAUGAAAUGGCUUCGUGGUAUCAUUGCACAUGGAUAUCUUUGGGCCAUUCCAGCCUGGGCGGAUUCUCUACUCUGCGUAGAUAUUGAUGCAUACUGGGGACGACGUGAAUUGGCAGAGGGGCAAACGGACUAUGUGAAUCUCAUUCCAUUGCCGGAGGGGCACCCAAAGAGUAUGCGGUGGCAAUGGCACGGCGCGGGUAUCAAUAUUGAACAAACUGCAAUCUACUGUAUUCCUUCCAACACCAAACAAGUCCUAAAGGUCGAUGUUGCAACAAAGACGACUUGUUUCAUUGAGAUUGAAUACGACAAGGAAAAGUACACUGACUUCGAGCUCGACUGUACAAACAAAUGGUAUGGCGGCAUCGUUGGAGAUGACAAUGCUAUCUAUGGUAUCCCGUAUCGAGCUCCUGGUGUGCUCCGAAUCGAUUCGACAAACGAUACAGCCAAGAUAAUUGGUCCAAAUUACGGUGUCGGCAACUUCUUCUGGCAUGGAGGAAUCAAGAAGCACGGGAAGAUUUAUGCCCAUCCAAGUCAUGCCGAAACAGUCCUUGUGAUUGAUACGAAAAAAGAAAGCAGAGGCUUGAUAUCAGAGUUGGAAAUUCAUAGAGGAGAAAAUGACAAAAGCGAUCGAACAAAGUUCAAAUGGCUCGGUGGAAGUGUUGGUGCAGAUGGAAACAUAUAUUGCCCCGCAUGUGAUGUGUCCGCAGUUUUGAAAAUCAAUCCUACAACAGACCAUUGUGAGACCUUCGGCUUCGCAGGAACUACGAAAAACAAGUGGCAAGGUGGUACACUGUCAACUAGAGACAAUUGCAUAUAUUGCAUUCCAGCUGAUGGGGUUCAUGUAUGCAGAAUUGCAACAGAUCCGAAUAUCGAGGGAGAGAAUCCGGUGCAGUUAUUAGGGAACUUGCCCGAAUCAAAAGACAAGUGGCAAGGAGCUGCAACUGGCUUGGAUGGGUCUCUCUACUUUAUUCCCGAGAACGGAUACCGUGUGAUGAAGGUAACUCCUCCUCCCCAACCUCCGAAGAUCGUGGAUGGCAAACUUCCCGAGGACGAUGUAAAAAUCGAGCUAAUGUAA